UUCUCAGGGAGGACAAUACAUGGUGUCGCUUAGGUGAGAGCAGCACAUCCAGGAGGAAAGUUCAAAAUCUCUCACCACAAGGAGCCCUCAGGGGGCGCAGCUGGACGACCUGGUUACAGCGACUGUGAAACCCCGAGAAUUGUGGGACUUGUAGUGUCCGCAUUACUUAAGCUUCGCAAACUACAUUACCCAAGAUGCAAUGUAGCCAGUCCGCUCGCUGUCGGACGUGAAGUGUCAGUCAGUCCCUUGAGCUGUGAAGAAUGAAGAUGAGCUUCGGGGUGCCCUUCAGGGCAGUGAGAGGCUGCCGGGUGGCCAACCUCAGCCAGCAGUGCUCGCACGGCUCCGUGGGGUUGUUUGUGCCUCCGAGUCCUCCCGUGGAUCCCGAGAAGGUCAAAGAGCUGCAGCGCUUCGUCACUCUUUCCAAGAGACUCCUGGUGAUGACCGGGGCCGGGGUCUCCACCGAGUCCGGGAUCCCGGACUACCGCUCGGAGAAGGUGGGGCUCUACGCCCGCACUGACCGGAGGCCCAUCCAGCACCGGGAUUUCGUGCGGAGCGCUCCGACCCGCCAGCGGUACUGGGCCAGGAACUUCGUGGGCUGGCCUCAGUUCUCCUCCCGGCAGCCGAACCCUGCCCACUGGGCCCUGAGCCGCUGGGAGAGGCGGGGGAAGCUGCACUGGCUGGUGACCCAGAACGUGGAUGCCCUGCACACCAAGGCGGGGAGUCGGCGCCUCACCGAGCUGCACGGAUGCAUGCACAGGGUCCUCUGCCUGGACUGCGGGGAGCACACUGCGCGCGGGGAGCUGCAGGAGCGCUUCGAGGCCCUGAACCCCGCCUGGAGCGCCGAGGGCCACGGCCUGGCCCCCGAUGGCGACGUCUUUCUCACGGAGGAGCAGGUGCGGAGCUUCCGGGUGCCCCCCUGCGCGCGCUGCGGAGGCCCCCUGAAGCCAGACGUCGUCUUCUUUGGGGACACGGUGAACCCCCACAAGGUCGACUUCGUGCACAGGCGCGUCCGAGAGGCUGACUCCCUCCUGGUGGUGGGGUCGUCCUUACAGGUGUACUCUGGCUACAGGUUCAUCCUCACCGCCCGGGAGGAGAAGCUGCCCAUCGCCAUCCUGAACAUCGGGCCCACGCGGUCGGACCAGCUGGCGUGCCUGAAGCUGGACUCGCCGUGCGGGGAGCUGCUGCCUCUGAUAGACCCGCAGUGACGGGGCCGGCGGUCCCUGAGCCGGGGCGGGGCCUUCUGCGCGUGUCCUGCUGCUCAAGAUCCCUAAGGAUCUUCCUUCAGCCGAAGCUCACCGAGUGCAGCCUGUAGGGGGCAGCAAACGCGCGCCGCUCUGCCCGCCUCUCCGGCUCGUUUCUGAGCCUCGGAGUUCAGUCUUUCGGUUGAUGAGAUUUGCCCCUGAAGACAGACUUUUUCAAAGCAGCAGCUUCUCCUGAUGGGAAAAUGCUUUCAGUCCCUUUUUAUCUCUCAGGCAGAAGAAACGGCCCAGAAUAUGUGGGUCAGGAUGGUCUCCGGAGGACUAGUCCAGGGCGCACUAAUGUGUGUGUGUGUGUGUGUGGGGGGUAAUGGGAGUAGGGAAUGACUUAAUUUCUUAUUCUAAAUGGUUAAAUGUCUUUCACUGCACUGUUUGAUUUUUUGAAAAGAUGAGCUAUGCCAUGAAUUAAUUGUUUAUUAACCCAGGAAUAAAGGAAUCCUUUUGAAUAGCACACCAGG